AAAGUAUCCGAGAUCAUAAAACACCCGGCUGCGGGGCUAAGUGCUCACUCACAGACAGAGACAAAGUGGAAACCUCUUGUCAAGUUUCUCUCUGACCCUCAGAGCAUCACCAUUUUAACAGAUUCUAUUAUUCACUGUUUCCCUUCUACACUGGGCUCUGUGUUUUCAGGUGGCUGUGUCGAUGGCAGUCAUUCUUCUGAAUAUCUGAUUUUCAGGAACAAAAACUUGGCCUCAUCACUACGACUCUUAUUUUGUAGUCGGGCAAGCGUGACGCAUGGACACUGUCAGAGCGCACACUUCUCGCUGAGAAACAUCGUUCUUCUGCGCCCAAAGUUCAGGUUUUUCAAGUGAUUUUGCCUCUUUUUUUUUUUUUUUUUUGAUAUUUCAGUAUUUUUUUUUCUCAAGGAUGCUUGUCUCUACAUGGAAUAGAUGCUGUGUUUUGAUGUUUCUCGUCGCUGCACUGAGGACGGGGACAUCCCAGGUGUCUGAGGCGCGCCCGAAGGCGAACUCCAUCAAGCCAGCUCUGUUGGAAGAGACACCCACACCCGCAACAAACGGGUCCGCCACUGUCCACAGCGGGAUCACGAAGAAACAUAACAUCCUUGUGCAGGUGUAUCCAUGCAGCAAUGAUAAGGAGUGCACUGUAGGCAGCUACUGCCACAGCCCUCAACAGGCUCCCUCUCGCUGCCUCACCUGCCGCAGGAGGAAGAAGCGCUGCCAUCGAGACGCCAUGUGCUGCCCUGGGAACCGCUGCAGCAACUAUAUUUGUGUCCCCAUCUCUGAGAGUGUGCUCUCACCUCACAUCUCAGCAUUAGAUGAGCAUAACAAACUCGCCACCAAAGACCACAACUGGAGGAAAAGUGGCAAAGCACAUGCUAAGCAUUCUCUGAAAGGGCAUGAGGGCGACCCUUGCCUGCGCUCAUCUGACUGCUCGGAGGGCUACUGCUGUGCCCGCCAUUUCUGGACCAAAAUCUGCAAGCCGGUGCUGAGGCUGGGAGAGGUGUGCACCAAGCAGAGGAAGAAAGGCUCUCACGGCUUGGAAAUCUUCCAGCGCUGUGACUGUGCCAAGGGCCUCUCCUGCAAGGUGUGGAAAGACGCCACCUCCUCGUCCAAGUCCAGGCUCCACAUGUGCCAGAAGAUCUGAAGCGGAGGCAGCUGCUGUCGGCAUAGAGGCCUCUGUCUCCAUCUGCCAGGGAAAGUUUUUUUAAAGGAUGGGUUGUGGCUGUAUUGAAAAGGAAAGGAGUAAGAGACAGAGACUAACAAGAGACAGAACAGACUGCGUGGGUUCAAGCUCGCUACUCAGCAAGCGCAGAGCGAAUGGGGAAUGCUUUAAUGUGUUUGCUGUGAGUGGUCCAUCCCUGCACCCACAUACAAACACGCACCACCACCACACGCACACAUACACCUCACAGCUUUGUGAGAUCAAUGAGCUCACGGUGUGUUUGCUCACAAAUACAGCAAACAUUUUACACAAACAUUUUGAUGACAUUCAGGGAGCCACAGAGUUAGCCAGUAGAUGCUGUGAGAGGUGUGGACCUUUUCUAGAUAGAGCGGCAGCAGACGUAGCAGUCUUUUCAUCAUGCUUCAACUUAUAUUAAUAAUAAGACAAGUAGAAUAUUUACAUAGAAGCCAUAUUUUUUACUGCACAGCACAUUCUUUACCAAAGUCCAAAAUCCAUUUGUAUAAAAGAUCAGAUGUGUUUCACUACUGGAUCUGAAUUUUGCCAUGAUGCGUUGUCUGCUUUGUUAAAUUUCAGUAUCAUAUUGUUUGCUUUAAGUCUUGAAGAAUUCAGCUAUUACUAUGCGAGACAUUAACAACCAGUAACGAUGUCCAGACCCCAUAAAUACCGGUUAUAUCAUAUGAGGAACUAAUUGCAUACACUGUUCACUCCAGAGCUUGACUUGUGCGAAGAAUUAAAGAACAUUUACAUUAGAGUGAUGAGUUUCAUCUGGGGCAUUAGCUCCUCGCCCGAUUUUUAGCCACAAGAAGAGAGAUAAAGUAUUGUGUCCGUUGUGGGAACCUUGUUUGAUCUGUCAGAUACAGCUGCAAUCUAUUGUGAUACAACUGCGUGGGUUAAAACGGUUUGCGCUGAGGUAGUGCUCUGCUGCAGACUUAGUGGUUCCGAUACUAGACAGAGGAUGGUUCUGCUUUUCCAAUCACAUGAACAGGAUUCAAGGAUACGAUGGAAGUGCAAUUUUUUCCGUUUACAAAGCCAGUAGGAAUGUAGACGUGAGGAGAUUGAUUAGAGUUACAAAAAUGCUCCAUAAACCUGAUGUUUUCAAAAAGAAUCGCAGUUCGAAUCAGCAUUUUUGUGGAUGGCACACGGCCUUGCAUAUUUUUCUGUUAUUUCAAAUAUGACGGUAUACUUUCUUCUCUGUUCAGUUUCCUGUUGUACUGGAGGUGAAGCAAUGCUUUUGUCAGUACCACGCCUUUAAACAACCAGUACCUACAUAGUCCAUGUAAUUUCACAUUUGCCUCCUUUUGCUUUAAUGUUUUUAGAGCAUCAAAUACACAUAUUUUGUAACCAUUUAAAAAUACCAAUAAGCUCUUAUAUUGUAAAUAGACUGGAAACAAUGAAAAUGUAUUUAAGAAUCAAUGUAUAUCAUGUACAUAUAAUAAAAGUAUGAAUCUUAAACAUUACAGCAAAAUGAUCUAGGUGAGAAGAGUAUAAAGGGAUGAGACAGGACAAGCACAGUUGGGCAAAAUAAUGUAGUAAUGAUAAAAGCUGUGUUUAUAGAGAAGAGGGGAAAGGCAUAGAUAGCUUUGACUGAUAUUACAGACUAGAUGCAUCGGAAGGAUAGUUCCUAAAAGAAAUAAAAAGCACAUUAAUUUCCAAAUAGUUUGUGUAAAUGGUGUGUAAAUGGUCUCAAGAUUUAUAUCCCAUUAAAUAUUGUUUGUGUGAAUACUUCCCAUUGAUUUCUUUUGCGUAUUUACAAUGAUGAAUGAAUAAAAGAAUGUAUUUUGUAUCACUGGC